AUCUUUGGAGAGAGAGAGCGUCUCCACACACACACACACACUCACACAGGAUCUGUCCUCAUCUCAGAGAUACAUGUGGUCUGGUGUGAGUUUCUUCUCCCGAUCUGAGCAGUUGUGAGGACGCACUCCUCCGAGGACAGUCUCCAACUCUCUCUUCUGCAUGAAUCUCUUCGACUCCUUCCUGAAAAUGAGCGCCGAGCAGGACAAGGGUCUCUCCGACGCGCCCAGCCCGAGCCUGUCCGAGGACUCCGCCGGGUCUCCGUGUCCGUCCGGAUCGGGCUCGGACACCGAGAACAGCCGCCCGGAGGAGCACCUGAGAGCGUUUAAGAAGCACGAGGAGGAGCGGUUCCCGGUGUGCAUCAGGGACGCGGUGUCUCAGGUGCUGAAGGGUUAUGACUGGUCUUUAGUGCCCAUGCCUGUGCGGGUGAACGGCGCGCACAAGAGCAAGCCGCACGUCAAGAGACCCAUGAACGCGUUUAUGGUGUGGGCUCAAGCCGCGCGCAGGAAACUGGCGGAUCAGUAUCCACACCUGCACAACGCCGAGCUCAGCAAGACCCUCGGGAAACUCUGGAGGUUUCUUUAUUGUGAACUGUUUUUUAGGUUACUGAAUGAGGGCGAGAAGCGUCCGUUCGUGGAGGAGGCCGAGCGUCUGAGGGUCCAGCACAAGAAAGACCACCCCGACUACAAGUACCAGCCCAGACGGAGAAAAUCAGUGAAGAACGGUCAGAGCGAGAGCGAGGACGGCGAGCAGACACACAUCUUCAGAGCCCUGCAGCAGGCCGACUCUCCGGCGUCCAGCACGGGUGAAGUGCACUCUCCAGGAGGACUCUCAGGUCAGUCCCAGGGUCCCCCCACACCUCCCACAACCCCCAAAACAGAGCUGCCAUCCAGCAAAGCAGAUCUGAAGCGUGAAGGCCGUCCGCUGCAGGAGGGCAUCGACUUCGGGGCCGUGGACAUCGGCGAGCUGAGCAGUGACGUCAUCUCCAACAUGGAGGCGUUCGACGUCAAUGAGUUUGACCAGUACCUGCCUCCUCACGGACACCCGGGGGUCAGCAGCGGCGCACAGGUGUACUCCGCCGGAGGGGUCUGGAUGUCCAAACAGCAGCAGUCAUCGAUGACCGGCGGCGAGCAGCGGACGCAGAUCAAGACGGAGCAGCUGAGUCCCAGCCACGUGUCCUACGGCUCCUUCCACCUGCAGCACUACAGCACCUCCUACCCCUCCAUCAGCCGAGCGGGGUACGACUUCACCCAGCACCAGAGUCCCAGCAGCUCCUGCUACAGCCAGUACCCUUUCAGCUACGUGAGCCCCGGCCAGAGGCCCAUGUACACCCCUAUCCCCGACACCACCGGCGUCCCGUCCAGUCCACAGCACUGGGAGCAGCAGCCCGUCUACACCCAGCUGUCCAGGCACUGACGUUCUGGGACACUCGCAGCCCAUUUCGGAAAACGCUGGAAAACUGAAACAAACGGAAUGGCUCCCGACUGUGCCUUUUGAAAUUGUGAUUAUAUUUUUGUAGAUAUAAUGAGACAAGAGAAAUCCUCUGUGAGGACAGAUUCCAGAUACUUAUUUUAGUAUGUACUGUGUAUGUGUUUAUACGCAGCUCUCUGUGCCUCCCGGACUUCACCCUGGUGACAUUUUUGUAAAGACUCGUUUGCCUGAUAUUUCUGCUUUGUAUAUGUUUGUGGGGGAUUCUUAAAACCUGGUCAAAGCGUGUUGAUUUGUCAUCACGAGCAGGUGCUUCUAGAGUCCGUGCCUAAGAGCUCUUGUGUCUGAAAACUGCCUCGAGUCCAUCUGUGCCUACAGAGAUCACGCUCCCGGAGGAGGAACAGGAAGUGCCCUUUGACCUGAGGCUCUCAGCAGCUCGCCAUUGGUCAGAUUGUCAUUCCUCCAGUCUUAACCUCUUUAAUUUAUUCAUUAGUGUUCAUUUGACUUAAUGCUAUUUGCAUUCUUUCUUUUAAUUGGGCUUCGUACAGCUAAUUUGUGACUAAAUGUUUCUGGAGAUGAUUGCGAAUUAGUUGUAGUUCCAGCUUUAACCAUCUCAUUUAUUUAUCAUUUCUUAAUGUUUCCAUUUAAAAUAUUCCUCUGAUAAUCUUGAUGACUUCUAGUUGUGAAACCUGAUCAAACCUUUUAUAGAAACAACUGGAACUUGUGGUUUUUGUUUGUUUUUUGGCGUCUCUAACAUGUCAACUUCUGCAGGCUGUUGGCUACAUCUCUACGAAAAACACUUUCUCUUGGGUUUUUUAAUUAAAAACAAUUUUUUUUAAAGAAAAACUGUAAAACAUGCCACCGUUCAAAAGAAGCUCAUCUUUUGUAUCAUAUUGUUUGCAAUAAA